GUGUUGAAAAUUGAAGUAACAUAAAAUCAAAAACAAACUUGUAGUGUCAAAAAUUGUAUGGGUGUGUAAUUGUGUUGUGACAUUAGCGGGAAUCUCUUAUUUCAAAAUAUAUUUUGAAAUAUUUUGUUAGUUUAAAAGGAUGAAGUCUAAUUUUUAUUUGGAAAGAUUAGGAAUUAGGUAUUCUGUGCGAUUGAAUGAAGGAGUUAAUAUUGUAGGUAGAGUUCCAAAUGCAACUGUUAAAAUAUCUGGACCAUUUGGAUCGAGAAAUCAUUGUAGUGUUAUGGUAGAUGGCGAAAAUAUUCGUUUAGAAGAUUUCUCUUCAAACGGAACUUUUGUGAAUGAAAUUGAAUAUAAAGGUUCGUCAACCGUCAUAAGAGAAAAUGAUAAAAUUGGUAUUGGAGUUCAUAGUAUAGACGAAUUCUUACAAGAUUGUAUAUAUCAUGUAUAUAGAUUGAAGAAAAUAAGAAUGGAAACAUUUGCUGUUGAAGAUGUUGCAGAAAAAGAUGAUGAUGAUUCAGUAGUUGUAAUCUCUGAGGAUGAAUCGAUUGAACCAGAUACAAUAGAAGAUAAAAAAAAUACAUCUGUAGAAAAAAAUAGUGAAGGACAAAGUAAUAUAGUUUUUGUUAAACCAAAAAAAAUAUCUAUCAAGAACAUAGAAGAACCAAGUAAUUCGAGCAAGCAAGCAUAUAUUAACCAGAUAGACAUUGUCAGUAACAAAAACUCGGAAAAUGAUAAAAUAGUUUCUACUGCGAGGCUAAACCAGAAUCGAAAAAUUGAUAAUAGCAGAGAAGUAUCUAAAACAUUAAGUAAUAAUAUUUGCUGUUUCUCUGGUAAAACAACACACAACGGAGUCAGCAGAAAAGUCGUUGAAAAAAUGGAGAUAGUAGAAAAACCAAAUGAAUUACAAAGUGGAGGACUCAUAUCAGAUAAACAAACGAGUGAUGAAGGAAAAGAAGCAGAUUGCAAUUUUCUUGAGUUUCAAUCCGAUGAACUUUCGCAAGCAGUGUGGGAUGAAAUUAAACAAGAAAUAGCUGAGUUAGAUAUAACAGAAAUAGAGGGCAAUGAAAACUUACAAAAUAUUGACAAUAAUUUUUAUACAAAGGACGUUUUGGACCUCACGUUAGAUGACGAUGCUUUAAAAAAUGAAAUGGAUGAAGAAUUAGACCCCACAACACGAAAAUGGUUCAUGAAACUGUCUCAAAACUUUGACGAAACUUAUGAAAAGAAAUCGAAUUCAACUCUUUUAAAAAUUGCUUCAGAUGAAGACGAAAUUAUUUCCAACGGAGAAACGAUGAUAAAUCAAACUUCGGAAGGAUUUUCAAUGCAAAAUGACAAAAAUCAGAACAGAACUUCCAUGGAAACCAAUAGGAUAGAAAAAAAUGACGAUUCAAAUUUCGUGAAAGUUGAUGUCGGCCCAGCAGAGAUAAAUAAAAAGAAAAACAAUGUCCCUAUUAUAGAUGCUCCGUCACUUCCUUUAAAAAGAGGCAAAAACAGAGGUGUAUCAGCAGAUUUAAUUUCGUUAACAACCACAAAAAAAGCAGUACAUAUUAUUACAUCUCCAUUAAAUAAAGAGUCUCCUAAGAAGAGUCUACGAACUCACUAUUCUCGAACAGACAAUCAAAGUUUAAAAUUACAGAAAAAAUGGCUCGAAAAACCAAAUGCUAUAAGAGAAAAGAAUAAAAAAAUUCAGAUAAGGGAUAAGCGAAAGGAGAAACUUAAAGAAUUAGCGGAGAAAAAGAAAUCAGAAGAUAACUUAGAAAAACCUAGGGAAAAACGCAAGCACUCUAUUUCCAUUGAUAACCUCGAUGAUGAAGAAAAGGAAAAAGUUGUUAAAAAAGCAAAGGUGAAAGUAACAGAUAAAAAUCGAGGAUCAUUUUUAACCGAUUUGGCAAGUACUUCCACGUCAAAAAUACUCAACAGAAGGAAAAGUAGUGAACCUUCUACCAGUAAGGAAACUCUUUUCUCUAAUGUUCUUUCUUCUGCCGAUAGAAACCUAAGGAAAUCAGUUGAUAUAAAUAAUCAAAAUCGAAAUAAAAAAACAAGAAGCAUGAACCGUAUUAAUACCGCUCCUAAUACUCACCAUAGUGCUAGGUUAGAAAAUAAUCACAAAUCAAAUGUACAGCUAAAAAAAAAUCUGAAGUCAUGCAUAAAAUCGAAUGAUAAGAAACAUUUGAAAAACAGCCCCAAUAGAAAAGUAAAAUUUAAUCUUGAGCCUACCGUAUACACAUUUUAUGUUGACACAACAACUGAAGAAAAUGUUGAUCAAAUAUCUGUUAAAGAAACUAAUAAAAGAAUGUUAGAUUUGUCACACUUUGAAAACAGAAAACGCAUGUGGCAACUAAAAUAUCCAAGAUCUGCAGUAUCUAAUACGGAUCAUAUUUUGUCUGAAAUCCUUUCAUGGAAACCUGAAUGGUUUGAUGUCAGAGAAAAAGCGAAUGUCAAUGGCACAUCUCUCUUAUGCCCUAUGAUUCACUCUUUUAAAACAUUAGAAGAUUACCAAAAAAUAGUUUUCCCCUUGAUGAAAUUAGAGUUAUGGGAGAGAUUAUUAAAAGACAGGAAAUCUCAUGAAACUAAAACUAUACAAUUGAAUUUAGUAAAAUUUGAGAUUAUAGAACAAACUUCAGUAAAAAGAAUUAUUUGUCACUGCGAAUACACCAGUGCAUUACCUUUUAACAAACCUUUAUUUUAUUCAAACGAAUUAGUUUUUGUUGAAGUAUUAAACAAGGAAAAUAUUUUUGGUCAUGUAAUAACAAAUCGUGUUUUAAAUCCAAAUUCAACUACAGUCCUAAAGACAUACGGUGUGAAAAUUGAGAGCAAUUACAAUUCAAAUUUUUUAACUGAAAUAAGAAACGCUAAAGUGAUAAAAGUACAAAAAUUGUCAGUGAUUGCAACAGAACUUGGUGCAUUUGAAGCCGUAAAAAAUUUGGCUUACUCUCCUUUACUGCAGAAAAUUUUAAGUCCUCAAACUUUAAUGCAGAACACCGAUAUUCAUACACAAAGUGAAUUAAAACUGUAUAAAUAUAAUGGUUAUGACCAGUUAAACGACAGCCAAAAAAAUAUUUUAAUGGAGACCUACUUACGUACAAUUGACCCCUCGAGAGACACUGUAACACUUAUUGAAGGGCCUCCUGGAACUGGAAAAUCAAGAUUAAUUACAAAUUUGAUUUUGCAGCUACAAUAUGGACUUGAGUUACGUCAUCUGGAUCGAAAAAUAUUAGUUUGCGCACAAAGCAAUGUCGCUGUAGAUGUUAUAACGCAAAAAUUAAUAAGGAUUCGAAAAAAAAUGGACAGCAAAAAGUUCCGUUUAGUGAGAUAUGGCGUUUUAGAUAAAAUGCAUAUGGAAGUAAGACCAUAUUCUCUAACAGAGCUCAUAAAAUUGCAAAGAAGAUCCAUAAAACAAACUCCAAAAAUGACUGCGUUGAUGGAUGAGAAACAAUUAUUAGAAGAAAAAGUUAAAAGGUUGGAGAAUAGAAGAAGGUCUAACAGCCGAGAUGAUAAUGAUUUAGAAAAGGCCAAAAAAGAUUUGAGUCAAAUAAACAAUUUGUUAAGUGAAAGUUAUAAUGAAAUUGAUAGAAAUUUAGAAUAUAAGUUCUUAGCUAACGCAAAUAUAGUUUGCACAACUCUUUCAAGCUGUGUCAGACUUUUGAGGUAUUGCAACUAUUUCGACGUAUGUAUUAUAGAUGAAGCUACACAGUGCAAUGAGCCUUGGACCUUGGUUCCCUUACAAUUCGGUAUUAAUUCAUUGAUUUUAAUAGGUGACACUCAGCAAUUGCCUGCCACAACAUUAUCUUAUCUAAGUAAAGCAUACAACUUCGGAAAAUCUUAUUUUACCCGUGCUAAAGAAGUGAUAGGAAUGGAAAAUCGCUUUAUAAUGAGUUUAAAGAUUCAGUAUCGCAUGCAUCCCGAAAUUUGCAAAUGGCCUAAUUCAUAUUUUUAUAGAAAUCGUUUAAUGAACGAUGAUAUUACUACAAGUUUUACACCAAUACUUAAGCCAUAUACAAUAAUUGAAUUAAAUUUUAAUCAAAACAAGAGUUCAACAAAUGGAAUAGAAAAUUGUUCAGAAGCAGAUUUUAUUGUUAAAUUAGUUCAGGGAUUGGUUGAGCUUAUGCCAGUACAGAAAUUCUCCUACGGUAUAAUUACUCCUUAUAAUUUACAUUGCCAUAAUUUGCGCGAAAAAAUAAGAAAAGAAAAACUUGACAUUGAGGUUAAUACAAUAGAUUCAUAUCAAGGAAAAGAAAAAGAUGUUAUUAUUAUUUCGAAUGCUAGAACGCAGGGAAUUGGGUUUUUAAAUGAAAUUUGCCGUUUGAAUGUUGCAUUAACAAGAGCGAAAAAGUGUCUCAUAUUAUGCGGUAACUUUCAACAUUUAAGUGACAUAAAUGUGUGGAAAUCGCUUAUAUCAGAUGCAAAAAAAAGAAAACUAUACUAUGAGCCUGACCAAAGUGACAUAAAAAAUUUCAACAACAAAAUUUUAAAAUAUUUAAAACUCUGAUUACCUGUUAACUAUUAAGUACCUUCUGUAUAUGUAUAUGAUUUUUUUUAUUUAGUAGUACUAUAUCAAUUUAAGUAAUUGUCAUUUAGACUUGUUAAAAUAAUAUUAAAUUUUUAUACCGAAAAUUUCAUCUUAAUUAUAGUAAAGUUGUUUAAGUAGGUUUAAGCUCUUUCUUAACAUAACUCAUUAAUUGUUACACAUUAUUAAAA